AUGGUGUGCGCUGGAGCAGCUAUUGCCGCUGGAACAGGAGCAACAACUGUCACUGGAGGUCUUGCAGGUCCAGCAGUAGUCAGCAGUGUUCCAGCUGCGGCUGGUGGAGUUUCAACUGCACUUGAAAGUGCUGCAACUGCUGGUAAUGCUGCAGCAGGUGCAGUGACAGGACUAGCAGCAGUGGCGGCUCUUCUUUCUGGGCCCGUGGGUUGGGCUCUGCUGGGAGCAGAACGAAAGAAGAAUUAAUCAAGAACUGAUGGUAUUUCAAGAAAUUUUGAAGGUUUUCUAAUGUUAAAUGCUCAACACUGGGCUUACACCGCGAUGAUGCAAUAAACGCGGUUUUUUGUUGUUGUUCUUUCUCCGUGGGGGGCAGAAUUGUUUUUUUUUCUUAAGUUAGGCCAGUGACAAUUUGAAGAAAAGGAAUCCUUCGCUGUCUUCGGUCGUUUGCUUUCUGAAAUAAAAUUUAUUUUGGAAUAUUGUAAGUGGUUA